GCUGCUCAACAUGAAACAUCUUUGCACGCGUCCUUUGUUGCGUCGCAUUUAGCGCGUCAAACAACGCAAACAGGAAGCGCCGCCGCCUGCACCGCACCGUGUGAUUAGCGCUGUUUCCCAAACCGCGCCGGUGGAAGAGAAGGUCACCUCUGUGCUUGAGCAGUGCUCGGAGCUCCUGUGCAGCCGACGGGCAGAAGACAUGGACGGCUUUGAUAACUUGAGCGCGUCGGAGAAGGCAGAGGCGACGGAGCUGCAGCGCAUGAUCGCUGUCGAGCAGCAGAAAGCGCAGUUCCAGGCUCAGGUGCACAGUUUCACCGACGUCUGCUGGGAUAAAUGUGUGGACACUCCGGGCUCAAAGCUGGACUACAGGACAGAGACGUGCCUGGUGAGCUGCGUGGAGCGAUUCAUUGACACCACCCUCAGCAUCACCAACCGCUUCACACAGAUGGUGCAGAAAGGCACUCAGUGAUAACGCACCGCAGUCAGACUGUAUUAUGGUUUUUUUAUUCCUAACUUGAUGGGAGAUGACACGAAGAAGACUUUGUGUACGUGGGUAUAACAGCUGGCGUUUGAGAGAUGAUGAGGAACUCUUAUGGGGGGGAGGGGUGCAGUCAUAUGAUCAAACUGGAGGAAGGAAGGGAGAGGGAAUCUGCAAGCCUGGAGAAGUCUGGUAAUAAUAAAUCUUAAAUGUUUCACCUGAA